AUGAGUGUAUAUAGCAAGGAUUGUAGAGACACUGAGUCAGCUGCUAAAUAUCAUUUGAAAGGACUUGAAUAUGAACCCAGAUAUGAUUCAUAGUUUGCUUAUGUUGCCUUAUUCUCUCCGAAAAAAUUUAUUCUUAAGUAUAGAGACUAAAUUACUCAGCAUUACUAUCAAAUUGAAAAAUUUGCAAGAGAGGCAAAGGGGUAACUUCCUAUAUCGGAUAAAUUAGGCUGGAGUACAAUGUUUUAUGAUAUAGAACCUGACACUUCGAAAUAUAUUCAUGAAAUAGUUGCAAACGAUGUAAAAUAGAGAACAAUGUAAGCUUUAACUCCAAUAGAGAGAUAACUAAUUCCUUUUAAACAUGAUUAAAGAUUUGGAAACACAAAUCAAUCGAGUUAAAAAUCAAGACUAAGGAUAGGAUAUCUUGGAUCCUGUGUUUUUAAACAUGAUUUAUACAGCUUAAUGCUUCCAAUUUACGAAUUCACUAAUAAAUCAGAGUUUGAAAUAUAUUUCUUUUCGACUUUUAACUUUAAUUAAGACCAUAAGGAUGUCAAAGAAAUGACUUAGUUCUUGAAAUAUUAUAAUGUUUGGAAUUAUUCAGAUUUCCAAACUGCGAAACUAAUCAAUGAUUUGAGCAUUGAUAUUCUAGUAAGCUUAAAGGGAUAGACAGAGGAUCACAGAUUUGGCGUAUUCGCUCUUUAACCAGCAUCAAUAAACAUAAACUUAAUUGCUUACCCAUAGACUAUGGGUGCAACUUAUUUCCAAUAUUCUAUUGCAGAUGUAAUUGUAGUGCCAAGUGACAACUCAUAUUUGAUAACUGAGAAACUUAUACUUAUGCCUAAAUCAUACUAUACCGUCCAUCAUAAGUAUGGCCUUAGACAUGUGCUAAGAAGUGAUUCAUUAAAAGUGAAGCGAAAUUCUCUGAAUAUAUCUGAAAACACAUUUAUUUAUUCAGCUCUAAAUCAACAUUACAAGCUAGAUGAAAAAUUAAUUUCAACUUGGAUGAGAAUUUUGCAAAGAGUGCCCAACUCAAUUUUACUUUUAUUAGAUGGUGGAAGCUAGGAUUCUAGGAGAGCUUUUUACUAGUUAGCUUAGAAGCACAAUAUUGCUUUCAAAAGAAUCAAAAUGCUCUAAAGAGUUUCACAUGAAGAGCAUGUUGAUAGAUUACAUCUGGCUGAUCUAGCUUUGGAUACUAUAUUUUAUAAUGGUCACACGACUAACUGUGAUUGUCUAUGGGCAGGGUUGCCAGUACUUACGCUUAGAGGGGUUAGUUGGGCUCGGAGAGUCACAUCUAGUCUAUAUCACGGUCUUGAUAUGCUAGAAGAAGCGGAGAAUUACCUUAUCACAGAAAAUAUUAAAGACUAUGAGGAUAUGGCAGUGUAAUUAGCAAAAGGUUACAAGGGUUCAAAAUAAGAAUAGGAAAAUUUGUCUGAAAAUAUCCGAUUCAGAUAGGGAUCGUUAAAACUAAAAUAGUUAAAGUAAAUGAUAAUAGAUAGAAGAGAUCGGGAUGGUUUGCUAUUUGAUACUAGGAAUUGGGUUAAAAGCUAUGAACUUGCUCUUAAGACUGCUUGGUUUAAUUAUAUAAAUGAAAUGGAUUAGGAAGAUAUAAAUAUGAAUUUUAUUGAUGAUGAAGGAGUUAUUUCAUGGUUUGAUGAUCUUUUGAAAAAAUGA